AUGCCGCAUGUCAUCUCUUGAACAUCCAAGAUGCUUCAGAGCGAGCGUCCUUCAGGUCUGCCUGCAGACAAGAAUAUCUCUUUGAAAGUCACUCGAGUGACAGUGAAGACCCCAGGCAACCAGAAAGACUUUGUGGUAGCAGAUGACACUUCAGUGAGGCAAUUCAAGGAGACGUUAUCGGCUCACUUCCAAUGCCAAAUGAACCAACUAGUGCUGGUCUUCAUGGGUCGUCUUCUCAAAGACCAUGACACACUGAGCCAGAGGGGCAUCAUGGAUGGCCACACCAUCCAUCUGGUCAUCAAGUCCAAGCAUGGCUCCAGAUUCCUAGCCCAUUCUUCCCAAAACCUGCCAACCAACGAGCCCUGCCACCAGGACAGAAACACCAAAGGUAACAGCAGUGGGGCACACCAACCAGCUGGUGUGAGUCAAGCUCCAGUGGAAUCCUCCCACUUUGAGGGGUCUGAUGCACGCAAGAUACAUACCCAGAACCUAGAAGUGGGUUGUGCAGGGCACAUAGCACAGAUGCUGGAGAAUCCUACCAUCCAGCGGUUUCUUUCCAACACAGAGUUUAUGCAGCAGUUCAUUUCAGAACAUCUAGACAUACAAAAAUUGAUGCAGCAGAACCCGGAGGUCCCCCACCUUUUUGACACUUCUGAGAUCCUAUGGCAAACUCUGGAGUUGGCCAGGAACCUUGCCGUGAUCCAAGAAAUAAUGCAAAUCCAGCAACCUGCACAGAACAUUGAGCAUUUACAGAACUCACAACCAUUCUUGGACUUAGAAACAAUGCCAGGUAGAAACAAUGCCUUGGGUCAGAAUGAUGCUAAUUUCAAUGAUCAAAUGCUAAACAGCAUACAAGAUCCUUUUGGGGGCAACCCUUUCACAGCUCUCCUGGCAGGACAAGUAUGGGAACAAGUCCAGUCCUCAUCCCCACCUCCACCAUCAUCUCAGGAAUGGCAGGACCAGCACCCACAGCUCCCUGCAACCCAAGUCAUCCACACUAGUUCUGAUGGUUUAUCUUCAAUCAGUUCAGCUAGUGACACUCUCAACAAGGUCAACCCUAUUUCCAGGGCUAAUACUACCACAAUUUCUACCCAGGGUCGGAGCCAUAUCUGUGCCACUCAGCAGCCAGCUAGGAUACCUGCAUUACUUAAUAUAGAGCUCAUCCAGAAGCCACAAGAAAAAGACAAGGAUGCCACUAUCUCUCUAAGCAGCUCCAUCCAGAGAUUAGAAGAUGAUAUCCAGCUGUCAGAUGAGCAGAUCAGCUCUCAGAUCAUAGGGGGUGUGAUGCAGUUGCUUAUGAACAACCCCUAUCUGGCAGCUCAGAUGUUGUUUAUGAGCAUGCCCCAGCUGAGUGAACAUCAGAGGCAGCAGCUGCCUACAUUCCUGCAGCAGACAGAGCUCUCUGACCUGCUUAUAGCCCUAGCCAACCCCAAAGCAUCACAAGCAGUAUUGCAGAUUGAGCAGGGUCUCCAGCUGUUGGCAACAGAGGCUCCUGUUCUUCUGCCUUGGGUUGCACCUAACUUAUGGGGCUUGAGUUGGCUUCCUGCUCCCAGCUGCAGCUAUCCUGACACAGUGCCCUGGGCCUGGAAUGGGCCAGAUAUAGCUGAGCCCAAAGGGCCUGAGUGCUGCCAUAAGUCAGGAGCAGUUCUGCAGAGGCUACAACCCCUGGAUGGGGACCCUUCCCAUUCUCUACAAGCCCCUGAGAUUCGUUUCAGCAAGCAAAUGAAAUCUCUCCAAGCCAUGGGAUUUGGGAACCACCAUGCCAAUCUAUGGGCACUCAUUGCUACUGAGGGGGACACCAAUGCUGCUAUCCUCAAGCUCAAGAGAUCCCGGGGAUUCUAACCAAUGUGCCUACCUGUUUGCUGCCUGCUGGCUGACUCAAUUGACCACCUCAUCUGCUUUUUCCCACCUCUCCUGAUGCUUUCAACUAGGAGAUAUCCUGGAAUAGGAGUUACCAACCAAUGUUGUCUAUACUGAAUAAUAGAUCAUUGACCAUGGCUGGAAGAUCUGUGAAUAAAAUGGCUACAUCC